AUGACUAUCAUCGAUACCAGCAAAGAUCUCUCUGCGCUAUUUCUUCAACAGGUCAACGCUACCCCCGACGCUAUCGCCCUAGAAGAUGGACCUACGGCGCUGACUUACGCUGAGCUCGACCGCAAGGUAGAUGCGCUCGCCACUCGUCUUCGUCACGACGGCGUUGGUCGGGAUUCUCUUGUUGGUAUCUUACUCGGACGGAGUGCGGAUUAUGUCAUCUCCUGUCUUGCUGCGCUCCGUGCGGGCGGAGCAUUUCUUGUCCUCGAGCUUGCAUACCCGCCAAGCCUCCUAGCUGAUGUUAUCGAGGAUGCAAGACCUACCGUUAUAAUAACACACACAGCACAUGCUGGAAAGAUCAAGUCCGAGACUCCUUUGAUAAUUCUGGACGAUAAGACUUCCUAUACAAACGGGGAUUUCCCAACGAAUGGGGCCUCUAAGGAGCUGCCCCCGUUGCCUGCUGAAGAUGAUUUGGAAAAGCUUGCCUUCGUCUCCUACUCGUCUGGUACCACAGGCAAACCGAAAGGAAUCGGGAAUCCGCAUAGAGCGGCUGUUCUGUCGUAUGACCUGAGAUUUGGUGUCAGUGAUCUUAAACCGGGCGACCGUGUGGCCUGCAAUGUAUUUUUCGUCUGGGAGAUAUUGCGUCCUUUACUGCGCGGAGCGACUGUGGUGACUGUUCCAGACGAGACGAGCUACGACCCCGUAGCUCUGGUCGGAUUACUUCGUUCCAAGAAUAUCACGGAAACUCUUAUGACCCCAACCCUGCUCGCAACUGUCCUGGCCCGACAUUCUCAGCUGGGGGAUCGUCUCCCCGAUCUGCGUACGGUAUGGCUGAACGGCGAAGUGGUCACAACUGACCUCGCACGGCGUGGUCUUAAAGCGCUCCCGAAAGCACGCUUGUUGAAUUGCUACAGUGCUAGUGAAACUCACGAGAUCGCUUGUGGGGAUAUAAGGGAAAUGGUCAAUGACGAAGAUCGCGUCGUUCCAGUUGGCCCUCCCCUGGAUCCGAAACACACCUAUAUUCUUGAUGAGGACGGUAAGAAGGUUGAGACGGGCGCCAGCGGCGAGUUGUUUGUGGGAGGGAAACUCUUGGCGCGGGGGUACCUGAACCUACCAGAAGCGACCGCGAAAGCUUUUACCGAAGACCCCUUCGACCAGACCCCCGGCGCACGAAUGUACAGGACAGGAGAUACGGCGCGGUUACUGCCUUCGGGGCUCCUUGAAAUUACUGGCCGUGUAGGAGCGAUGAUCAAGAUCAGGGGUUAUAGUGUACAGCCUCCGGCCGUCGAGAAUGCUAUCGUAAAGCAUCUCGCUGUCCGUACUUGUGUCGUGGUCGCUCAUGGGGAAGGUCUCGAUCGCCAGCUACUUGCUUAUAUUGUCCCGGAUGAAGAGCCCGGUAACCGAACGGUCGUGAAGAUUGACGAGGCUGGAUUCAGUCCGGUUGCGCGGCGCGUUCUAACGGAUCAUCUUGCACAUUACAUGAUUCCCGCUCUUUGGGUUGAAUUAGAUAGCUUACCCACCCACGAAGUAUCUGGUAAGGUUGAUCUUAAGCGUCUCCCUACGCCAAGCAGGUCGCGAAGCCCCGCGUCGGGACCUGAACAUCGUAACCAGAAAAUCACCAUUGAGGACAUUGCGAAGAUAUGGGCUACAUCUCUCAACAUCCCUUAUAAGUCUAUAAUGCAGCAGGAGCACGACUUUUUCGACUUGGGCGGUCAUUCUUUAGCGCUCGUCGACCUCGUGACUAGGUUGACUGCUACCUAUGGCUUCCCCGUGGCUCUAAGUCGCCUUGCGGGCAACCCAACGCUAAAGGGGCAUCUAGAAGUCGUCUGCGACGCGCGUGAUGGAUAUACUGCGUCCGUACAGGCCGACCUCCCUGCCGUUCUGCGCGCGGACUCUGUUCUUCCACCCGAGAUCAAGCCUUCAGGGGCUACGAUGCAGCGUAUCAGCGACGCAGACACGAUCUUGCUAACGGGCACGACCGGUUUUCUCGGAGCCUUCCUGCUGAGUACCAUUUUGGAAGCCACUUCGGCACAGGUCGUGUGUCUUGUUCGUUUCGCAGACCUCUCGAAGGACAAUUACUCUGCCGGAGUGGCGCGAAUUCGCCAGAACCUUCUUGAUCUAGGUCUUUGGAACGACUCGAUCCUGGACCGCAUUGAAGUCGUCCCGGCUAACUUGGCUCGAAAGCGCUUCGGCCUUGCUCCCGAAGCUUUCGAGGAUCUAGCUUCUCGCGUGCAGGUUAUUGUCCACUCGGCUGCUACGGUCAACCUUGUGUAUCCUUAUGCUGCCAUGCAGGGAUCUAAUGUCUUCGGCACAAGAGAGGUUCUGCGUCUUGCGUGCCGAGGCAACGCAACUGUUCAUUACAUCUCCACGAACGGCGUGCUGCCGCCAUCUGUCCAAGGUUGGGCUGAAGAUGCCAUGUUGGAUGUGGACGAGGUGCCGGAGAAAUUGGUCGACGGAUAUGGACAGACCAAGUGGGUGGCAGAGCAGCUCGUCCUCGAAGCCGCGAAACGGGGUUUACCCGCGAGGAUAUACCGCCCGGGGACCAUCAGCGGCCACAGCGUCUCUGGAUCAUCGAAUACGUACGAUCUCCUUAAUGCCUUGAUCGUGGAGUCGCUCCAACUAGGAUACGCCCCGGACAUCGAGGGCUGGUACGCUGAGAUGACUCCGGUCGAUUUUGUCAGCAAGGCGAUUACCUCCUUAGCCGACCUGGUGGACACCGACCAACGCGUUUUCCAUCUGGGCGACCCGUCCCCCUUACCAACUAAGAAAGUCUUCGAUAUCCUUGGCGAACUCGGAUACCCCACCAAACUGCUCGGAUGGGACGAAUGGGUUAACAUGUGGGAGGAGCAGAGGGGAUCUAGCAAGGCAGAAAACAUUUUUACGGUCGACAUUCUCCGCCGCGGCAUGCCCACCGUCGAUUUCCUUCAAUGGGUCACCGUCCUCAAGGACCCGGCCACGGCGCCCGCCCUGGCCAAGACCGGCCUCCAGCGCCCCAAGAUCGAUAACAAACUGCUCGAGACUUACACUCGCCAUUUCUGCGCCCGCGGCUGGCUACCGCGUGCUCCGCGCCGGACCCAGACGAACGGAGUCGCGAAGACCUCGAACCGAGGACCGCUGGCUGGGCGCGUGGCGGUCGUUACGGGAGCAUCGUCUGGUAUUGGUGCCGCCGUUGCGACGGCCCUAGCUAAAGAGGGCGCGCACGUAGCCAUCGCCGCCCGACGCACCGAGGCUCUCGAGAGCCUCAAGAAUAAGCUGUCUAGUUCCGGGGGCAAAGUCCUAGUGCAGAAGACGGACGUGACGGACCGGAAGCAAGUCGAGGCGCUCAUGCGAGCGGCGACGGAGCAGCUUGGGCCGGUCGACAUCCUCGUCUGCUGCGCGGGCGUGAUGUACUACACUCUGAUGGCGAACGCGCACGUCGAAGAGUGGGAGCGGACGGUGGACGUCAACUGCAAGGGUCUGCUGCACUGCCUGUCGUCGGCGGUGCCGUCGAUGCUGUCGCGGGGCGGGGGCCACGUGGUGGCGAUAUCGUCGGACGCCGGGCGCAAGGUGUUCCCGGGGCUGGGGGUGUACUCGGCGAGCAAGUUCUUCGUGGAAGCGACGCUGCAGAGCCUGCGGCUCGAGACCGCCGGGUCCGGCCUGCGCGUCACCUCCGUGCAGCCGGGGAACACGGCCACCGACCUGCUCGGCAUGUCGACCGACGCCGAGGCCAUCAAGAAGUACGGCGAGCCGACGGGCGCCAAGGUCCUCGACCCCGAGGAGGUCGCCGGCGCUAUCGUGUAUGCCCUGCGCCAGCCCGCGCAUGUUGCUGUGAACGAGGUCCUGAUCGAGCCUAGGGAUGAACCUAUCUGA